AAGAUAUCUUUUUAGCUAAGUAGAAAAAAACAUGAGUAAUUUUAAGCCCUUCCCCAUGAUAAUCUUCAUCCUCGAGGCCUUUCUUUUUAUCUCCUUUGUAACUGUCAAAGCAACUGCAAAUGAAACAAUAGAAAUAGGUGCAAUUAUUGACAUAAAUUCCCGUAUUGGGAAGGAACAGAAAACUGCCAUAGAUAUAGCAGUAAAGAAUUAUAACCAUGACAAAAGAAAGAACAAGCAGCUUAUAACAGUUCAUUUUAGGAACACCAGCAAGGAUACAAUUCAGGUCUUUUUCACAGCUGAAGAGCUUGUUGAACAAAACCAUGUAAAAAUGAUAGUUAGUGGCAUGCAAACUUGGGAAGAAACAGCUUUAGUUGCUGAUAUUGGGAAAAGGCGUCAUGUUCCAGUUAUCUCUUCUGUUAUAGCUUCCUACACACCAGAAUUUGUGCAGCUUAAAUGGCCUUUCUUGGUGCAAAUGACUUCAAGCAGCUUGGACCAAAUAAAUUGUACAGCUAGAAUAGUUAGUUCCUACCAAUGGAGGAAAGUCAUAGUAAUUUAUGAAGAUGACAUGUAUGAUUCGAGUAUGCUUGCAGUUUUAACUGAAACACUUAGAAAUCAUGGUACAGAAAUAGAGCAUCAACUAAUUCUUCCACAAUUAUCUUCUCUAUCUGAUCCAAGGGAGGUUGUUCGACGAGAGGUUGUCAAGUUACUAAGGAAACAAUCAAGGGUGUUUAUCGUUCUUCGUGCAUCAAUAUCCACUGCCAUUCAUCUGUUUAAACAAGCCAAGGAGAUUGGACUUAUGGGAAGAGAUUCAGCUUGGAUACUUGCUGAUUCUCUUGCUGAUCUCUUGGAUUCUGCUGACACAUCCUUUAUUUCAUCUAUCCAAGGAGCUUUAGGAAUCAAAAAUCACUAUGCAGAAGAAACUAAGUCUUUUCAAGAUUUUAAAGGUCAAUUCCAAAAGAUUUUCCAGUCUGAUUAUCCUACGGAAGAUCACUCGGAGCCUGGAAUUCAUGCUCUAAAAGCAUAUGACAGUAUCGCAGCUUUUACUAAGGCUGUGAACACUUUGGGUCCAAAGAGUUUCAAUGACUCAGUGUUGCUGAAAAACAGAAUUCUUUCCAGCAAUUUCACAGGUUUGAGUGGCCAUGUUAGUUUUGUCAAUGGAGCGCUGCCACACCCUCCAACAUUUAGGAUUGUAAAUGUCGAUGGGAACAGGUAUAAAGGACUUGGAUUUUGGUCAUCAAAGUUUGGAUUCUCGGAAGUUCUUGAAGCUGAAAAUGGGGAGAGAAUAGGGAUUAAUGGUUCCCGUACCAUGAAGUCUAGUAUGGUAAAAUGGCCGGGAGAAUUGAAACGUGUCCCAAAAGGGUGGGCGAUGCCUACUGAUUCAAAACCAUUGAUUAUUGGUGUUCCGGGAAGAACAUCUUUUGAGAAAUUUGUGAAGGUUGAAACUGUGGCUGAGACAAAUGAAAAGAAGUAUAGUGGUUUCUGUAUUGAUCUUUUCAAAGAAGUACUUAAAAUUUUGGAGCAAAAUUAUUCACUACCUUAUGAAUUUGAACCAUAUAAUGGCUCAUAUCCUGAUUUGGUUCAGCAAGUGAUUAAUGGGAGCUAUGAUGCCAUCGUUGGAGACAUGACAAUAUUAGCUGAAAGAACAAAAUAUGUGGAAUUCACACAGCCAUUUGCAGAGUCAGGGUUGAGCAUGGUGGUUCCAGUGAAGUUUGAUAGAUCCGAGAAGGCAUUGAUGUUCUUGAAGCCUUUCACUGCAAACAUGUGGAUAGCAACAGGUGCUGUCUUAGUUUACACAAUGAUUGUAGUUUGGUUCAUGGAGCAUCAGUCCAAUCCUGAAUUUAGAGGCCGGUGGAAAGAUCAACUCGGAACUGCAAUGUGGUUUACAUUCUCUUCACUGUUUUUUGCUCACCGGGAGAAUAUCAAGAGCAAUUACACAAAGAUUGUAGUCAUAGUUUGGUUUUUCCUGGUCUUCGUGUUGACCUCGAGUUAUACAGCUUCUCUGACUUCAAUGCUGACUGUUUCAAGACUGGAACCAAGUGUGAAAGAUAUAAAAUGGAUAAAGAGAACAAACGCAACCGUUGGAUGUGAUGGUGAAUCCUUUGUUAAGGAUUAUUUGAGGCAAGUCCUGGAGCUUCAAAAUAUCAAGAAUAUUAGCAACCAGGAAGAUUAUCCAACGGAACUUGAAAGUGGAAACAUCAAAGCAGCCUUUCUUGAAAUCCCAUAUCAGAAGGUGUUCCUUAGAGAGCACUGCAACCAGUAUGUUGUAGCUGGUCCUAAUUACAGAUUUGGUGGACUAGCCUUUGUAUUCCAGAAAGGCUCUCCGCUAGCUCGUGAUGUAUCUGAAGCCAUACUGACUCUUACACAAGAUGGUACGCUUAAGCGCUUGGAAGAACAUUGGUUUGCUUUAUCAAGGAAUUGUGACAAUGUUGAUCCAGCUGAUGAAACAGAAAGCCUCACCCUUGGGACAGCUAAUGAAACAGAAAGCCUCACCCUUGGGAGCUUCUGGCUCUUAUAUCUAGUUUCUGGUGCAACAUCUACUGUCUGUUUGCUGUUUUAUGUAUAUAAUUUAUUUAGAAAAUCCCCGCAACUGAGUGGAACAUAUCGUGACAAGAUAGUUCAUCCAUCAACUGAUCAAAGCUUCAGGACAAAGACAGCUGGAAUUAUACGGUAUAACCAAAAUGACAAGCCUUCAGUAUCAGUAAGGAGAGUAUCAUCUGCUCGGGCAGCAGGGCUCGGGGUAGACGCGAGGGGGCAUUCACGAAAGUGGCACUUGGUGAGUCCUUCAGAUGCUUCACAAAUUUUUGAUGGAUCUUCCCAGGAUACUCAACUUGCUAUUGAAAUGGGGAAUUCAAGGUCAGGGUGAAGUCGGAUUUUUCAGAGUAACAAAAUGUCAAAACAUAGUAGCCUGUGUAGGUUUUCACUUUUCUACAUUAACUUUUGUAGGUAACCAUUGAUUCCUCUGAACCAAUCCAAUGUAAAGGUUUCGAUAUAAUAAUAAAUUGUAGAAUAGAGUAGCAGAAA